ACAAAAAUACCUGCUAUUGGAUCGGAUAAGAUUGUUAUGCAAGGUGUCCAGAGCAAGUCCUUUCAUUUUGCAACCUUAUCUCAACGUUCUUCUGCUGAUAAAGUUUGGGACUUUCUUCAUAAAAAUGUGUGCAUGCUAGUUUCUAGUUUUGUUCUCUCUUUUUUUGUGUUAUCUUCUAUGAGUCUCUUUAUUCAUAGAUGUUUUCGUUUGAUUAUAUAUACCUUAGUCAUGUUAUCUAUUUAUGAUGUAGCUCGUUCUUACUUGAGAUUGCACUAGUAGUCUUGCUUAAUGACAUAUAAAUCUUGAUUUAAACUCCCUCUGGAUAUUCUUUCAUAGAGAAAAAAAAUUCUUAUGAUGAUUUUAUUGUUGUUGUUACUUGUUUUCUCAGCAUUGAUCCAUCUCUGCUCAAUCCUUACACCAAAUUUUGAUGGUAUAAGAGGAUUCAGUGACAAUGCUUAUAUUAAAAAUGGAGUUUAUAGUCUCUCUGAACUAUCUAUGUCCAAGUUCUUGGGAGUUCGGAAGCACCUUACAUCGUUGACAUUUGUUCUAAGUUUUCCUAUGACAAUUCUUUUCGUUUGCACAUUCAGAGAUCAGUUUGAGAUCCACUAAAGUUGAUGUGGUCUGAUACUCACUUCUUAUCCCAACCUAAUCACCAUGAUAACUUAGUGCUUUUGCUUACCGUCCUAAUGGUUUUGUGUUUAGUUUUUUUCUUUUUCCUUUCAAGUUUCCAUUGUUGCAGGAGAAACAGGUCUACUCAGACAUGCAACUUCCAUUCAUGAUGCAGCAAAAUGAUCAUUGUUGCAAGAGAAGAGAAGUCCACAAUGAUGUCUCAAGGAUCAAGGACAUUAUUUAGCAACAAAGAAAUGUUGAUUUAUGUUUUCAACUAUCAUGUACUAAGUAAUAAUUCAAACUUUGUGAAACAUCUAACAAUUUGAGAGCAAAAAAAUUACAAAUUAACA